AAAUAAAUAAAAAAAAAAAAAAAAAAAGUGGUUUACGAACUCCCUUGACAAAGGCAAUGGCAUCAGAAUUGGUAUGUCCCUUUGAGUCAUACAAAUUACAGAGUUAUUAAACCAACAACCAACGAGCCACCCUGUGGACGCUGGUGACUACUCUUGUUGGUUUGGAUAAUUUCUUUCUGGCUCAAGCAAGGUGCAGCGCUGCAUGCAGAGCUGACAAGAGGAUGUUCAAGAAAGGGCAGCUACUGGACUUGCAACAUUUGUUGUCAUUUGCUGACGAAAAUGCCAGCAUAGAUUAUGAUAUAGCUGAAGCAGUCAUCAAAGAUGGUGGCAUACGCCUCCUUCUGGACUUAGCAAAAUCUUCACGGGAAGAUUUUGAUACAGUGCUAUAGCAAAUUUGUCUGUGUAUGCGACUGUUGCAAAAGUGGUUGAGGAAGGAGGAAUCAAUAUUCUCGCUGGUUUGGCAAGGUCCAUGAAUAGACUGGUUGCUGAAGAAGGUGCUAAAGGACUACGGAAUCUUUCUGUUGGGGAACAGCACAAGGGUGCCAUUGUUGAAGCUGGAGGAGUAAAAGCUUUAGUUGAUCUUUUAUUCAAAUGGUCCACUGGUGGUGAAGAAGUCCUGGAACGUGCAGCUGCUGCAUUGGCAAAUUUGGCAGCUGAUGCCAAGUGUAGCACAGAGGUUGCAGUAGCAGGCGGUGUACAUGCUUUGGUUAUGCUUGCUCGUAAUUGCAAAUUUGAUGGAGUGCAAGAGCAGGCUGCUCGUGCCUUGACUAAUUUGGCUGCUCAUGGAGAUAGCAACAUUAAUAAUGCUGCCACUGGACAAGAGGCAGGUGCUCUUGAAGCAUCUGUUCAGCUUAAACGUUCUCCUAAUAAAGGUGUCAGGCAAGAAGCUGCUGGUGCAUUGUGGAAUUUAUCAUUUGAUGACAGAUAUCGAGAAGCAAUUGCAGCAGUUGGUGGCGUUGAGGCCUUGGAGAGAGGUUUUAAAGCAAAAGAAGUUGUCAAUUCAACAUCGGCAUUGAGUCCAAGUGGUCCCGAUCCAACUCACGACAAUUCCAACAUGUCCAAUACCAAUCUUGCCAAUUCAACCUUGUACAAUUCUUAUGGGGCACUGAAUCCAAGUGGCGCAGAUCCAUACUACGACUAUAUCAAUAGGUCCGAUACCAAAGGAGCCAAUUCCGGCAAUCCCUUGCGGCAGCUACAGCUUAUAUUGUAUGUUUGGUUGAUAUUGCUUCACAUUUAAUGAUUUUAUUAAGUUGUAUUCAGCUUUCAGAUAGCUUGAAUUUCAGUGUGCAAGCACUACACAGACUUAUUUGAGAUAGUAAUGUUUUAUUUAUUAGAGACUUUCUGUUGCUGAUGGUAACAUGAGACAUUUUGUCAGUGUCCAGAUGAAGAAUGGGAAGGAGUUUCUUCUUACAGAUACUGUUGGUACAUCUUUAAAUUUAUAACCAUUGGUGUUGAAUACAACAUUGUAAGUUGUGUGGAUAAUCCAGCAUUAGCUUUACUCUUUUAUUUUGAGAUGAAAAUAUAUUUGUUUGAUCAUAGAAGGUGUUAAUAGGGGCCUUUGUUUUGUUUGGUGCAUUGGUAAAUCUGUCUUAGUUGAGCUCAAGUGUGUGCAUUUGAAUAUUGAGUGUGAGACCAGAAAAUGGGCUUGGAUGUUGUAUUA